AUGGUGUUUGAACACAAAGUAUGUGGGCCUUUGGAGAUUUUUCAUGAGAUGCUUGAAACUGGUCGAGGAGGGGAUGCAAACGUAGGAGAGUUUGUGGAGGACUUGAGAAAAAAGUUAUCUAGAACCUGGAGAUUUGCCAGAGAAAAUUUGGCUAGUUCUCAGGCUGCUAUGAAAUUAAAUUUUGAUAGGAAAUCUGAAGCACGGUCGUUUGAGCCCGGAGAAUUAGUUUUAGUUUUAAAUUUAUUUCAGAAUUCUCCAAGUCGAACUAAUUUUCUUGAGCAUGAUGUAGAUGUUGGAAAUGCUUCUCCUGUAAAACCGAGUCCUUAUCGGCUGAAUCCCGUUAAGAGGGAUAUAGUUGAUAAGGAGAUUAAAUAUAUGCUGGAACACGAUCUCAUCCAACCUUCCGGUAUUGGGAUGAAAAAUGCUGCAUGUACUUUCCAACGACUUAUGAACCGCGUUAUUUGUGGUCUGGAAGGUACAGAAAUCUAUAUAGAUGACCUGGUAGUCCAUAGCAACGACUGGCGGACACACAUAUUACGAUUAAGUAAAGUGUUUGAAGAGUUAAGGGCCGCCGGUCUUGUUGUAAAUCUGGCCAAGUGUGAGUUUGACAAAGCAUAA